AUGCGGGAAGUGAUUUCAAUACACGUUGGCCAAGCUGGAGUCCAAAUUGGUAAUGCUUGUUGGGAACUGUUCUGCCUUGAACAUGGCAUUCAACCCGAUGGUCGCAUGCCGUCAGAUAAGCAGGGUCAAGUUGAUGAUUCUUUUUCAACCUUUUUUUCCGAAACUGGUGCUGGACGUCAUGUUCCCCGAGCAAUUAUGGUUGACCUUGAGCCAACUGUUUUUUUAGAUGAGAUCAGGACAGGGACGUACAAGCAGUUAUUCCAUCCUGAACAGAUGGUGACAGGCAAGGAAGAUGCUGCAAAUAAUUAUGCACGUGGUCAUUACACAAUCGGUAAGGAGGUGAUCGAUCUUGUUUUGGACCGCAUCCGUCGACUUUCUGAAAAUUGCUCCGGACUUCAAGGAUUCCUCAUCUUUCAUUCAUUUGGUGGUGGUACGGGGUCAGGAUUCACAUCUCUUCUGAUGGAGCGUCUAUCAGUUGAUUAUGGCAAAAAGAGCAAAUUAGAAUUCUCCAUUUACCCAGCACCGCAAGUUUCAACAGCUGUUGUAGAACCUUACAAUUCAAUCCUUACUACUCACACCACUUUGGAGCAUUCAGACUGCUCGUUCAUGGUUGACAAUGAAGCGAUAUACGACAUUUGCCGCCGCAGUUUAGAUGUUGAAAGACCAUCUUAUACAAAUUUGAAUCGUUUGAUCUCACAGGUUGUUUCGUCAAUCACUGCUUCUUUACGUUUUGAUGGUGCUCUUAAUGUUGAUCUGACGGAAUUCCAAACAAACCUUGUACCAUACCCCAGGAUUCAUUUUCCAUUAGCCAAUUAUGCCCCAGUAAUUUCUGCUGAAAAAGCCUUCCACGAAGCUCUGAAAGUUGCUGACAUCACAAAUGCAUGUUUCGAACCAGCGAAUCAGAUGGUCAAAUGUGAUCCUCGUCAUGGAAAGUAUAUGGCUGUUUGCUUGUUGUAUCGGGGAGAUGUUGUGCCCAAGGACGUCAAUGCUGCAAUUGCUUCCAUAAAGACUAAACGGAAUAUUCAGUUUGUUGACUGGUGCCCUACUGGUUUCAAGGUAGGAAUCAAUUACCAACCACCCACGGUUGUCCCUGGCGGCGACUUAGCGAAGGUUCCCCGCGCAGUUUGUAUGUUGGCAAACACUACGGCAAUAGCUGAAGCUUGGGCACGACUCGACUACAAAUUUGACUUGAUGUAUGCUAAGCGUGCGUUUGUGCAUUGGUACGUUGGUGAAGGUAUGGAAGAAGGCGAGUUCUCUGAAGCUAGAGAGGAUUUGGCUGCAUUAGAAAAGGAUUAUGAGGAGGUUGGAGUUGACUCACUGGAAGGCGAGGGCGAGAACGACGAGUAUUGA